ACGCCACGCCGCGCCGCGCCAACCAACCCUUCCUUUUCCACCACUCCACCGCCACACAAACUCCACCGCCGCCGCCGCCAACGCCAACGCGCUUCUCUUCUCUCCUCCGAUCUGCCCCCACCGCGGGCGGCGCGAUUCCUCUCGCCGGUGUGCGCUCCAUUGCCAGCUAUCCGGCGGCGGCGGGCGGCCAUGGACGACGGGGACAUUGAUUUCUCCAACCCGGACACGUUCCUCUGCCCGGCCGCCGGUGCCGGCGCCGACCCAGACGGCAGCUGCUCCAUGGAUAGCUACUUCGAUGACAUCCUCAAGGACACGGAGCACCACGCGUGCACCCACACCCACACCUGCAACCCGCCCGUGCACGACCUCUCCCACACCCACACCUGCGUCCACGUCCACACCAAGAUCGUCUCCGCGCCGUCCGAUGACGCCGAUUCCCCCACGACGGCGGACAACAAUGCCUCCAAGAAGCGGCCGUCCGGUAACCGCGCGGCCGUGAGGAAGUACAGGGAGAAGAAGAAAGCUCACACGGCCUCGCUGGAGGAAGAGGUGGUUCAUCUGAGGGCUCUGAACCAGCAGCUCAUGAAGAAGCUUCAGAAUCACGCCGCGCUUGAGGCAGAGGUUUCUAGGCUGCGCUGCCUGCUUGUUGACAUUAGAGGAAGGAUCGAGGGGGAGAUUGGGGCUUUUCCUUAUCAGAGGCCAGCCAAGAACAUUGAUCUGGUUUCUAGUGUUGACCAGGGGAGUUUCCUUGGUGGUGCGCAGGUUAUGAACUCCUGUGACUUCCGAUGUGCCGACCAGAUGUAUUGCAGCCCGGGGAUGCAGGUCAGAACAAUGGCUGAGGAUGGUGCUAUGAGUGGUCAGGUGCUGGGGCAAGGCGCCUGCGAUAUUGCGAGUAUCCAAUGCACAGGGAGUGCUAAAUCUGGAUCUACAAAGCUCCCAGUUUGUGGUGCCAUGGGUACGAUGCCUGUUGGCAGUCUGCCAAAUUCUGAAAAGAAAUGAAGGAUCCCCUUUGCCAAGACUUUUAAGUUGGGCAUUGAAGAAACAUAGCAUAAAUUGCUAGCGUCUAUCUCAAGGGGUGUGUGAUUCUGCCGCCGAUGAUGCUUCCAUGGUGCCUGAGGCAGUUUGAGUUUGUUAGCUACGAAGCUGAUGUACAUUCCUCUAGUUUGGUUAGCUUCCUCCGUCUAUUCUUGGUGUUGGAAUUAAACAAUGGUGCUGCUAUUGACUCCCAAAUGUUCCAUGAUAAAAGGCCAAAAAUGAGAGACCGACACCGAAGAAAUUAUGAAUGAAUGAAUGCUUGUAAGAUUCAGCAUCCACUUUUAUGCCAGGAUACAUGUCCAGAUUUGGGUAGGACUAAGUUUUGAUGUGAAUCUGUUGUAAAUACAUCAUGCGUGGAAUCUUUAGAGUAACAUGGAUUCAAUUAUUAUUUGGGUGUUCUGUCGAUUAUUUAUUUAAUUAAACGAUAUAUUUUUGUUACUUGGGUGUUGGUCGCAUGCGUAUGAAGCAGCCAGCAUCAUUCUGGUAUAAAGCCAGAAAGUGUUCUAUCCAACGUACAAUUUUUAGAGUUAUGGACCAUUCUUGUACCGCUUACACAUG